UUAAAUAAAAAAUGUGAGAAAAAUUACAAGGCCUCAUUUCCUCGCCACACCCUUCUUCGUCAAGCUCAGUGCAUCAGAAUCAAUCAAUCAAGAUCUCUCUCUCUCUCUCUCUCUUCGAAAGCGAAAAUGAGCAAAGGACCAGGUCUCUUCUCCGAUAUCGGCAAGAAACCCAGAGAUCUUUUGACCAAGGACUACAGCUCCGAUCAGAAACUCACCGUUUCUUCCUACAGCACCGCCGGAGUGGCCCUUACUUCAACUGCUGUGAAAAAAGGAGGACUUUCAGUUGGGGAUGUUGCAGCACUGUACAAGUAUAAGAACACCCUUAUUGAUGUCAAACUUGACACAGCAUCCAUUAUUUCAACGACCCUCACAUUCACCGACCUUCUUCCAUCCACCAAGGCUAUUGCUUCAUUUAAGCUGCCUGAUUAUAAUUCUGGCAAGUUAGAGGUUCAAUACUUCCAUGACCAUGCUACCUUAACAGCAGCUGCUGCACUGAACCAAUCCCCUAUCAUUGAUGUGUCUGCCACCUUUGGUACCCCAGUGAUUGCAGUUGGUGCUGAGGCAGGCUAUGAUACUUCAUCCGGUGGGUUUACUAAAUACACUGCUGGGAUUAGUGUCACAAAACCUGAUGCAUCUGCUUCUAUAAUCCUUGGCGACAAGGGUGACAGCAUUAAAGCAUCAUACCUCCAUCAUCUGGACCAACUUAAGAAGAGUGCUGCUGUGGCAGAGAUCACUAGAAAGUUCUCAACAAAUGAGAACACUUUCACAGUUGGAGGGUCUUUUGCUAUUGACCAUCUGACACAAGUCAGAGCAAGGCUCAACAAUCAUGGAAAGCUUGGGGCACUCCUGCAGCAUGAGAUCAUACCAAAGUCAGUGCUGACCAUUUCUAGUGAGGUUGAUACCAAGGCCCUGGAUAAAAAUCCCAGGUUUGGCUUGGCAAUCGCCCUCAAACCUUGAAGGUUUUUUCUUCAUUAACGGUUGAUUGGUAUUCCAAACGUAAUUCAAAUUUUUUGGUAGUCCUUGAAAGGAGGGCAGAAUAAUUAGUUCCCUGGAUGAGCUUUUCUAGGUUAUUCCGAAAUGGAUGAAUUUUUUCAAUGACUUUUAAAUCACCAAUGGCUUCUGUUUGACAUUUUUUUUGUUAAUUUUCUGCUUUCCUUCUUGCAUUGUAGUAGACAAUCUGAGAUGUGGAUGUCCUUUUCUCCAGGAGGAUUUUAAUCGUCUGUUUUUCUUAAAAUUUUAUUUUUACCAUUGUUCUC